AACACGGCGAGGAUAAAGCAAGAUGGCGUCUGACGGUGAAGACGUUAUUGCAGUCGUCACAGUUCAGUGUUCUUAAUCUGUGCCUCCAUGUACACAUAUAUGUCCUUUAUUACACUCUAGUAAAUAGAGUAAACAUCGUUAACUGUUUGCAUCCGGUUAUAUUAGUCUGAGCGCACUUUGAUGCUUCUCGAGCUAGCUUAGCCUGCUAGUUAGCUUAGCUUGUUAGCUGCUAACAAAGAGAGGCGGAAGUGAUCAAAACACAUCACUAAGUAGAGAUCAAGUGUGAGUGUAAAGUGUUGUGAUUGUGUGAAAAUGUGCCAAAGAACCACAGCAGAGUACGAGGAGGAACUUUGUCCAACAAAAGAGGAGAAGGAGCGACAACAUGAAAAACAUCAAGUUGUGUUACACAGAACAGACAUCCAUCAGCUGAUUGGACACCAAGAAGAAUGUCUCCCUCAUCUGCAGGGGGACAGUUUCACUUUAGAGUAUCCACAGCCCUCACAUUUUAAAGGGAACAAGGAGGAUCCACAGCCCUCUUAUUUUAAUGCGGAAGGGGAGGGAGAGUGUCCUGUAGGGCAGGAGGAGGCUGAUGUCAGCAAGUUUCCACUGACUGUUGUCUCUGUGAAGACUGAAGAGCAUGAAGACAAACCACCUGAGUCCUCACAGCUUCAUCACAGUCCAAUGUUCCACGCCAUCGUCUGCUGGGUUGGGGGGAACAUGGCCAUAGACAGGAGCAGACCCAACAAAGCAACCAAGAGAGCCAACUCCACCGUCGGCCGCCCACCAACUCCUGGCCAGUGUCCACUCUGCAUGGAUGAGCGUGGAUACGUCCAAGGAGACCGAGGUGUCCGAUACCUGCUCAUUCAGCCAAGACACUGUGAAGCUUGUCCGUCCCGGCUCUCAGUGCCAGCUCCGCAGUCCUGUCUCCUCAUCCGCAUCUCCUCCAGUCUCUCCAAACAGACUCUGGUGUGGCAGAGACCCAGCAGCUGGUCUCCAUGGCCAAAACGCUCCAAGGAGGCAGAUCCAGAAGUUCACAAAAAAGCUUUGCAGAAGUCACCAAAGAGUCACUCCUUGUCACACAGUCCCAAAGGGUCCCCAACCAAAAGGCAUGAAAACAAGAAGGAAACAUCCAGAACCCAAAAGGAUGACACAAGAGCACAGAGCUCCUGCCACCAGCAGCCAAAAUGAACAUGUCAUGUCAUGGCGUAGUGGGUAGAGAGGCCGUGCCAAAGACCUGAGGGUUGCAGGUUCGCUCCCGGCCUCUUGACAGCCAAAUCGCUGUCGUUGUUUCCUUUGGCAUGACACUUCACCCUUGUCUCUGGUGCCGCUCACACUGGUGAAUGAAUGAAUGAUGAAUGAUAGGUGGUGGUGGGAGGGGCCUUAGGCGCAAACUGGCAGCCUCGCUUCCGUCAGUCUACCCCAGGGCAGCAAAUGUAGCUUACCACCACCAUGCGGUGUGAAUGAAUGAUGGGUUCUCACUUCUCUGUGAGCGCUUUGAGUAUCUAAUAGUAGAAAAGUGCUAUAUAAAAUCUAAUCCAUUAUUAUUAUUGUUAUUACUAACGUUGGUCCGUCAAACAUUCUUCUAGUUACACUUUCUUAAGUGUUGCCUAUAGUGUCUUGUUACUGCAGUGAUUUUCAACCUUUUUUUGAGCCAAGGCACAUUUUUUGCAUUGAAAAAAUCUGGAGGCACACCACCAACAGAAAUCAUUAAAAAAACUAAACUCAUUUGACAGUAAAAAGUCGUUGUCGCAAUUGUUGGAUAUGACUUUAAAGCAUAAGCAAGCAUGCAUGACUAUAGCUCUUGUCUCAAAGUAGGUGUACUGUCACCACCUGUCACAUCACACCCUGACUUAUUUGGAGUUGUUUGCGGUUUUCCUGUCUGUAGUGUUUUAGUUCUGGUCUGGCGCUCCUAUUUUGGUGUCCUUUUCUCUUUUUAUUCUUAGCAGUUUCAUGUCUUCCUUUGAGCGAUAUUUCCCGCAUCUACUUUGUUUUAGCAAUCAGGACUAUUUCAGUUGUUUUUAUCCUUCUGUUUGGGGACAUUGUUGUUUGUCAUGUCAUGUUGGGAUGUACAUUGUGGACGCCGUCUUUGCUCCACAGUAAGUCUUUGCUGUCGUCCAGCAUUCUGUUUUUGUUGACUUUGUUGCCUGUUAAUUUUUAGUUUGGUUCUGCAUAGCCUUCCCAAAGCUUCAAUGCCUUUUCUUAGGGAUACUCACCUUUUGUUUAUUUUUGGUUUAAGCAUUAGACACAAUUUUACCUUCACGCUGCCUCCCGCUGUUUCUGACAUCUACAAAGCAAUUAGCUACCGGCUGCCACCUACUGAUAUGGAAGAGUAUUUUACGGUUACUCUGCCGAGCUCUAGACAGCACAGACACUCAACAACAACACAUCAUUUGCAGACUAUAAUUAUUGCUUUGCAAAAAAACAUUUUUACCCCAAAUAGGUGAAAUUAGACUAUUUCCGGCUGUAUCUCACGGUACACUAGUGUGCCGCGGCACAGUGGUUGAAAACCACUGUUACUGGACGCUAUCGGUGAAAGCGACACGUACUGUAGCAGAGCUACUUUAUUUACUUUUAAACUUAGUGUUAAAAUCAAAUCCUAGCAGAAACACUGCAACUUGUUUAGUUUUUACAGGACUAACAUUAGAGUGUGUGUGUCAGUCAGAUGAUUAUAAUAAUAAUCAUCUUCUAAUAAAUAUAACAUAAUCCGUAUUUACAGAGUGGGAGUGCAGAGGGCAAGUUGGAUGCCACACUUACAGUACAUCAUCAUCUACCAACAUCACACAUACAAUACCUGAUGUCUUCCAGAAGCAGCUGCUUAUGCAAAAGAGCUCACUGCAGUGCUGUCAUAUUUCAUUGGCAAACUUUCAAAGAGUUGAGAGGUGUUCUCUGAUAUGUGUAAGACUAGACCUCUCAUGUAUCAACACUAUUGUUCUACACCAGGACAAAAAGUGCACUUACAUCUUAUGGCCAUUGUUGGGUUUCUUCUUUCUUCACUCAUCUUCAAUGAAUACUCAAGUUGAAUAUAAAAGAAAGAUGAUGGUUUAUUUUAAGGAUGGUUCAGUACAAUGCCUCACAGCACCGGGAAACAAAACAUCGGUAACUGUGGAAAUAGAACACAACUUCAUCGCGCUUCUUUCUGUUAGUCUCUCAUAUUCUCUCGCGCGAAGUGAACCGGAAGAGAUCACGUGAUGAUAACACAUGCGAGCCUGCACUACCGUAUAUAACCUGUUGGAGGCGCAAAACAACAACAGCAAGCCUCUCUCUUGAUACACAGAAACAGCAUU